AACUCUAGGGCAUUUCCGCUUUACUCUCUCUCUCUCUGCAUUUCUCUCCCUCUCCCUUACGUUCUCUGUGGAAGUUGCUUUCGCUUUCUCUCUCUAAAAGCAGGAAGUUCGAGAGUGGAAUGAUCAUGGAUGUAGAUUUUGAUUGCGUUGAACGCCGCUCCAGUUCAACACAACAAGAAGAGGUUGCAGGAAUUGCAGAGGAAAAGCAUUUCAAAGAACAGCAAGAAACUGAGGUUGAUGAAAAUUUUCUCGAACUUGAAGAAUCUGGGAAACUCAAGAAAAUUUCUGGGAAUGGAAAUGGAAGUAAAGAAAAUCAUUCAGCUGGUGUUCAAGUUCAAGAUUGCACAGAAGGCUUGCCCACCUCGUCUUCUUCGGUUGUAGUUGUUGAUGAAAAUCAAGAACUGGGAAACGCAUCGAAAAUUGAAGAGAAAUGUUUGCUUGGGUCAGUGGACGAAGCUGAAGAAACCCGUUUGGUGAAAUCGGCUGAUUCUGAGAGUUUUUUGGUUGGGUCAGUGAAUGAAGCUGAACAAAACCAUUUGGUAAAAUCUGAUGAUUUGGAGAGUUGGAAUGAAACUGUGGUCAAAUCUUUCAAGACCAAUAGCAGACAUAAAAGUGUGGAAGCUGGUGAAAAGAUGGUGCAGAAUGGUGAUGGUGGAAAGGUGAAACCUCUGAGAGGGAAGCUGAAGAUUGAGGUGAUUGAUGACACUGCAGUGAUUGAUUCUACUUCAAUCCCCAGAAGUGGAAAUGGGUGUAGUAGACAGAAAUCGAAACAAGAAACGGACGAAAGGAGGGAUAAACGGACCCGAAGAAAGGCAAAAGGCGGGAAGCAGGGUUUGGAGGCAAAUGGGAAGGGAAAGAUUGUAGCACAGAUUGUAGAAGUGCAAAAUAAUGAGAGUGGAACGAAGAGGGUUUACUCGCGGGAGGAGAUGGAGGUACUGAGGUAUAUCAAUUCUGAAGAACAGCGUAAAAUGUGGAUGGAGAUUCGCUGUAGUCUGGGCCCUGUGGUGCUCAAGGAGUAUGAUGGCCUGGAAAACUGCACAAAUCACAAGCACAUCCGUGUUAACUUUGAUCCUCGGCAACAGUCUGCCAAGAAGGAAAAGGCCCCUGCAAUUCUCAGGGAAGUUAGUUCUUCAAAUGUGGAUGAUGAGAUGCAAAACUUGCAUCCUCUGGACCCAGCUUAUGGUCACAGUGUUGGUGGCAAAGACAGCUAUGCUGAUCCAGAAGAGUGCAGUGAAGAUAGUGACAGUGAUGAAGAUUAUGGUAGCAUCCAGAGGCCAGCCUUUUUGGUAGAAGGAGAACCUGAUUUUGAUUCUGGUCCUCCAGAAGAUGGAUUAGAAUAUCUUAGGCGUGUCAGGUGGGAAGCUGCACAGAUUCCAGAGGUGACAGUGGCAAAGCUUGACAUGAAUAAAUUGAACAAAGAACAGACUCUUUAUAUGCCCAAGAUUCCUGAUAUUGCAAAGUGUCCGGAACACUUAGCACCAUUGAAAAAGUGGGAGGAUGCAUUCUUAGCUGAUUUUGCAGAGCUGAGAGCGGCUCUGUCCCAUCUUGAAGAUUCCAGAGUUGAAAAUUCUGAUAGACAACACCCAGUAUUUAGUUUUCAUGAAGAUUAUUCAUGUCAGGUUUUGGAGAGCACUUUACCAGAAAAUUUUGAUAACCUUACAAUUGAUUCACAGCCACUUGAUUGUUCUAACCCCAAAAACUCUGAUAAACGGCUGCCCUUGUCAAUCAUAAAUGAAGAUGAUACCUCAUUAUCUCCUGAGAAUUCCAGUCCAAGAACAGAAAGUUCUGGUAACUACCCUUUGUUGUCUGUGAUUCUAGGCAUGGACUCUGUAGCUAGAGUAUCAAUGCUGAGGAAAUGCAUAAAUUCACUGGAGACAAAGAGUACCUUGUCCAGGAGUGAUUGCAUGUGGCUGUUUGCCCUCUGUGCAGCAAUUGAUACUCCACUGCAUGCUGACACAUGUGCUGCUCUUCGGUCUCUGCUCAGAAAGUGUGCAAGCUUGAGGGCUGAAAAAUCUGAACUAGAUGAUGAGGUGGUAAUGCUGAACAUUCUAGUGACAAUUGCAGGCCGGUAUUUUAAGCAGUCGGAGAAUUGAAGAAUGUCUAUCAAAUAAAAUUCAUUUUAAGAGUUGCGGCUUAUGCUGUUUGAAGUGGCAAUAUUUCUUCAAUGUUGAUUUAUGAAAGGCGCUUGUAGAGCAAUACAGUUUGUUAUAUAUUUGCUUUCACUAUAGAACUUGUUGAAUGUACGAAUGAGCUUCGGCAUUUGGGGGUAAAUUCAAUGGAAAAGAAGUAUUGUGUGA